CUCUGCAGUGCAUAGCAAGCCCUCCAAGUCUCCCCGCUGAAGAUCUCAUCGAACGAACGCCGAGUAUGCGCCUUACUUCCAUCCUUGUGCUGGUGAUCGCCGCCACUUUCCAUACCACCGGCACUGCGCUCACGUUGACCAAGGAUUCCAAAGCCGGGAUUGCCAACGGAGAUUCGCCCGCUAGUGGCGACUUCAUCGACGCGAACAGCGCUCGGCUACUGCGUCGGGUCGAAAAAGAUAAAGUCGAUUACGAGCAAGACGAACAGAGGAGCUUUGGAGCCCUCAAGGAUGCAGUGAAGAAGCUGAAUCCCGUCACUGCUGUGAAGAAAUUUUUUAAACAGAGGGCUAAACGGAAGAAAGUGAUCCAGACCGCGAGGGAUGCCGAUAACAACUUGGCGUGGGCGAUGAAGGAGGUUUAUAAGGCGGCCAACUGAAACAACUGAUCGCGUACCUUAACGCGCAUCCAGGCAUCCUUACAGCUAGUACAGCAGUCAUACUCUGGUAGCGAUUACUGUAUUGAAAGGUCCCUUACACAAAUUCAAGCAAAAAAAGUGUUUGCUCUUGUC